AUGACACCAACCCCCCCAACCCCUUUCACCACCCCCGCCCUCCACGGCUUCCACUUCCUCACCCACCUACAACUCCCCGAAGGGCACUGGGCAUGCGACUACGGCGGCCCGAGCUUCCUGCUCCCCGGGCUGGUCUUCGCCAUGUACAUAACCGGGACGCCGGUGCCCUCGCCGUGGCGCAUCGAGAUGACGCGGUACCUGGCGCGGCGGGCCAACGCCGACGGCGGGUGGGGGCUGCACCUCGAGGGCCGGUCGACCGUGUUCGCGACGGGGCUGUAUUAUGUCAUGCUGAGGCUGUUGAGGGUGGGGAAGGGGGAGCGGUUGGUGGUGAGGGCGAGGGAGUGUUUGGUGCGGUUGGGGGGCGCGACCGGGCUGCCGCAGUGGGGGAAGAUUUGGUUGGCGUGUUUGGGCUUGUAUGAGUGGGAGGGGGUGAAUUGCGUGCCGGUGGAUCUUUGGCUUCUUCCUUCCUGGCUCCCGUUCCACCCUUCGCGGUGGUGGGUACAAUGCCGCGUGGUGUAUCUCCCCACCUCAUACCUCUGGUCCAACCGCUGCACGGCGCCCCUGGAUGACCUACUCGCCGAGAUCCGCGAGGAGAUCUACACCACCCCCUACUCCGCCGUUGACUUCAGCCGGCACCGCCACACGGCCGCCCCCUCCGACACCAUCCGCUCCGUGUCCGGCCUGCUCAUCUUCCUCUUCUCCAUCCUCGCCUUCUGGUGCAACUACCUCCGCCCCCAGUGGCUCCUCCGACUAGCCAACCGCCGCGUAGGCGAGCUGAUGCGGCGCGAGGAGCGCAACACCGACUACAACUGCCUGGCCCCCGUCAACAAGGCCUUCCACAUGGUGUGCGCGCUGUACGAGGACGGACCGGACUCGGAACGCCUGCGCCGCCACCGCGACCGCCUCGCCGUCUACCUCUGGCUGGGGCCCGACGGCAUGACCAGCGGUGGCACCAACGGCGUGCAGCUGUGGGACACGGCCUUCGCGGUGCAGGCCGCCGUCGAGGCCGGGCUCACCUCCGACCCCACCGUGCGCGCCUCGCUGGCCAAAGCGCACCACUUCCUCGACAUCACGCAACUGCGCGACGACCUGGCCGACGACCCCUUCCGGCAGGGGCGGAAAGGCGGGUGGCCGUUCAGCACGCGCAGCAACGGCUACGUGGUGUCGGACUGCGCGGCGGAGGGGCUCAAGGCAGUGCUGAUGCUGCAGAAGGAGUGCGGGUUCGCGGCGUUGGUCAGCGACGCGCGCCUGGCCGACUGCGUCGACACGCUGCUGCGCAUGCAGAACGCCGACGGCGGCUUCGGCAGCUACGAGCGCACGCGCGGCUCGCCGCUGCUCGAGUACCUCAACCCGGCCGAGGUCUUUGACGACAUCAUGAUCGAGUACUCGUACGUCGAGUGCACCACCGCCGUGCUGACCGCGCUGGCUCGUUUCCGCGCCCAUGUGCCCGGCCACCGGGCCCGUGAUAUCGAGGAGGCCAUGCGCCGCGCCGUGGGGUUUGUGGCCGCGCGCCAGCGGCCUGACGGCGCGUGGUACGGCUCGUGGGCCAUCUGCUUCACGUACGCGACCUUUUUUGCUGUGCAGGCUUUCGAGGCGCGCGGGCUGCAGUAUGGUUCGAGUGAGGAGGUGCGCAGGGCGUGUGCCUUUUUGCUGGCCAAGCAGCGCGACGACGGCGGCUGGGGCGAGCACUACUUGUCGUGCGUCGAGAAGCGUUACAUCGAGCACGAGACCAGCCAGGUCGUCAAUACCGCGUGGGCUGUCAUGGCGCUGAUGCAUGCUGGGUAUCCUGAUCCAGAGCCGGUUGAGCGGGGGCUGAAGCUCAUCGCCGACCGCCAGCAACCCAGUGGCGAGUGGCUCCAAGAGGGCGUCGAGGGUGUCUUCAAUAGAACCUGCAUGAUCGGCUACCCCAACUACAAAUUAUACUUUACGGUGAUGGCGCUAGGCAUGUUUUCCCGCAUGUAUCUUCCGAAAAUAAAGAAUCGAGCUUAG